UGCUGCUGUCCCGGGGGCCCCUUCGCCCGGCCGUGGCCAGUCCCGCGGGCCCCUGAAGCCGCAGCCCGGAGCCGGCAGAGACAUCCUUCCCAGCCAUCCAACCUCCCGGUCCUCUCCGGCUUGGACCCAUGGAGCCAGCGGUGUUGGCUCCGCACCACCUUCCGCACCACGAACCCAUCAGCUUCGGCAUUGAUCAGAUCCUGAGCGUCCCCGAACCCCCGGGGGGCGGUCUGGGCCAGGGGCAGGCGGGCCAGAGCCACGGGGAGAGUGCGGCGUUCUCGGGUGGAUUCCACGGAGCCUCGGGCUACGCUCCAGCCGGCUCAUUGGCCCCCUUGCCCAGAGGCUCCGGAGUGGGCCCGGGCGGCGUGAUCCGCGUCCCCGCGCACCGCCCGCUGCCGGUGCCGCCGCCCUCGGGUGCGGCCCCCGCGGUGCCCGGACCCUCGGGUUUGGGCGGCGCUGGGGGCCUAGCGGGACUCACCUUUCCCUGGAUGGACAGCGGCCGCCGCUUUGCAAAGGACAGGCUCACGGCUGCGCUCUCGCCCUUCUCUGGGACACGUCGCAUAGGCCACCCCUAUCAAAACCGGACCCCCCCGAAGCGCAAGAAGCCGCGCACCUCCUUUUCCCGCUCGCAGGUGCUGGAGCUGGAGCGCCGCUUCCUGCGCCAGAAGUACCUGGCCUCGGCAGAGAGGGCGGCGCUGGCCAAGGCCCUGCGCAUGACGGACGCGCAGGUCAAGACCUGGUUCCAGAAUCGGCGCACCAAGUGGCGGCGCCAGACGGCGGAGGAGCGCGAGGCGGAGCGGCACCGCGCGGGCCGCCUGCUGCUGCACCUGCAGCAGGACGCGCUGCCCCGGCCACUGCGGCCGCCGCUGCCCCCGGACCCGCUCUGCCUGCACAACUCUUCGCUCUUCGCGCUGCAGAAUCUGCAGCCCUGGGCCGAGGACAACAAGGUGGCUUCGGUGUCCGGACUCGCCUCGGUGGUGUGAGCGACCCCUACCCGAGGAACGUCACCGUGGCCGGCCGUAUGCCGUGCAGCUAGCGGUGCGUGCGGAGCCGAAGACCUGCGGCUGUCCUCUGACUCCCCUCGGCCACCAGCGGCCCCUGGUCCGCACUCUGACUCUGCCCUUCACGGCAUUUUCGGACCGGCUGGAACCUGGAUCUCAGAGCAACCUGCAGGAUGUAGUGAAUGGGAAGGAUGCGGCAAGGCUCUUGUGAUUCUGCCCGGAGUGGCCUCAGAGCUCAGGUCCCACUGGGAAGGGGCCACUGAGCUGGUGUGAAGGAAGAUAUUAAGGACGUCGGGUAAUGGAAGAGGUGUUGGUUCCCGCGAAUGUGGCUGUGACAGGGACCGGCUUGUUCACCUCAUCCCCUCAACGGUAAAACAAUCGCUAAGGAUUCUUUCUUGACUCCGUCUCACGUUGUCAUGUGUCUAACCUGCAGGCCACUCCCCCAGAGAGUCACAAUGCACCUUUGCUGUAGGUAAGAUGGAUACUUAUAUACUCAAAGGAUAAAAACCUAGGAAGAGUAUCUGGCUCGGAUGCCACACACGGUCAGAGAACCGGGAGGAGAGGCCAGUGGACAGUUCAUGGGCCCAGUGUUAGAGUGAGCAAGAUGUGCUUUGGGACUGGCAAACCUAAGAAGAAUCAAAGACUACGUCAAGACUGCAGAUGUGGAGGCCAGGAAGUCAGUGGUGCUGCAGAGCAGGGAGGAGAAACUGGGGACCUGUAGCAAGAUUAACUGUAGGCAAAACUAAUAUUAGAUCUAGAGAGAAAAAAUUCCGGACGCCUUUGGGGGAG